ACCCCCUUUGUUUGCGCUCUCUUGGGAGGAGGUUUUCCCCUGUGGGGCCUGUGAGGUUGUCUCAUCUCACUCCUCUCUGUCGACCAGCGCAGAGCAGCACGGGAGCCAGAGCCAGAGCCAGAGCCAGAGCCAGCCAUGCCCAAGCCCUCAGCACAACCCUCCAUCAGCGCCCCAGCCCACAAAUCAAGGCCUGAUGCCAGUGGCCUGGAGUGCAUCAAACCACUGGUGAGCACUCUGGAGGAGACCCCAGAGGCCAUUGGCACCGUCGUCAAGGGCAACAUCCCAUCCUGGAUCCAUGGAAGCUUCCUCAGGAAUGGCCCGGGAAAAUUUGAAUUUGGCGAAGACAGCUACACCCACUGGUUUGAUGGCAUGGCCAUGAUGCAUCGCUUUCACAUUAAGGAUGGCGAGGUGACCUACAGCAGCCGGUUCCUGAGGAGCGACUCAUAUGUGCAGAACUUGGAGAAGAACCGUAUUGUGGUGUCUGAGUUUGGAACUAUGGCCAUGCCUGACCCCUGCAAGAACAUCUUCGCCCGCUUCUUCUCAAGGUUUCAGCUCCCAAAGACCACAGAUAACGCAAGCGUGAACUUUGUCAAGUACAAGGGUGAUUAUUAUGUCAGUACAGAGACCAACUACAUGCGCAGGAUUGACCCCCAGAGUCUGGAGACCAAAGAUAAGGUGGACUGGUCAAAAUUCAUAGCAGUAAAUGCAGCCACAGCCCACCCGCACUACGACAGGGAUGGAACCACAUACAACAUGGGCAACUCAUAUGGAAAGGGUGGAUUUUUCUACAACAUCAUCCGGGUUCCGCUCCCCGAGGAGAAGGUUGAGAGGGACGAGGCGGAUCUGACUGGUGCUGAGGUCCUCUGUUCCAUCCCAGCAUCUGAUUCCAGGAGGCCAUCCUACUACCACAGCUUUGCAAUGUCAGAGAAUUAUGUAGUGUUCAUUGAGCAGCCCAUUAAGCUGGACCUGCUGAAGUUUAUGAUGUACAGAAUUCAAGGAAAAAGCUUCCAUAAGGUCAUGUCCUGGGACCCAUCUCUGAAAACCAUCUUUCAUGUUGUGGACAAACGCACUGGCAAGCACAGCAAGGUGAACUAUUACGGAAACGCCAUGUUCACCCUACACCAGAUCAAUGCAUAUGAGGACCAGGGUCAUCUGGUCAUGGACAUGUGCUGUGGAGAUGAUGGGAAUGUCAUUGGAGAUUUCACCCUAGAGAAUCUCAGCAAGGCUUCUGGGGAGGAACUGGACAAGUUUUACAAUGGACUGUGCACAAAUCUGCCACGGCGAUAUGUGCUGCCCUUGGAUGUGAAUGAGCAAACACCUAUUGAUGAGAAUCUGGUCAGACUACCAUUCUGCACUGCCAAGGCUGUGAAAAUGGCUGAUGGAAGGGUGUAUUGUGUCCAUGAGAAUCUCUAUGGUGAUGAUCUGUUGGAGUUUGGUGGCCUGGAGUUCCCACUGAUCAACUAUAACAACUACAAUACUCGCAAAUACCGUUACUACUAUGGCUGUGGCUUUGGCCAUGUGUUCAGUGACUCCCUGCUGAAGAUGGAUGUUGAGACAAAGGAACUUAAGUCAUGGCGAUACCCUGGCCUGUAUCCCUCUGAGCCUGUGUUCGUUCCAUCACCUGAUGCCACAGAUGAGGAUGAUGGUGUGGUCAUGUCAGUGAUCAUUACACCCAGAGAGGAGAAGAGCACAUUCCUGCUGGUUCUGGAUGCGAAGACCUUCAAAGAGCUGGGGCGAGCAGAAGUCCCAGUCAACGUUCCUUAUGGAACUCAUGGGGUUUUCAAUGAUAGAGCCUAGGGAUAGGGUUGGAGCACCGCUACACCUCCCUACUGUCCCCACAACCCUCUCUGCUGUCCCCACAACCAGGGUCUUCUAGAAAUACACACAGUGGAAGAGUCAUAGAGUGGUACCCUGUCUGUGACUCGACACUUGUCCCAGAGUGUGCAUCCUCCCUAAUACAAAUCUUUCUGAACGCUCUACAAAGCAAGUGAUGUUCUCGUGAAUCAAAUAAAUGAAAGAAUACGAAUGAGACUGUCACAAAUGUGCAUCCUGUGUCACUGAAAUGUACAGUAUCUGUAGUGGCCUUACAUUUACUUCAUACCCUUCUGUUUUGCUUUGUUUGCCUAAUGACAUGUCUCUGUAUUUUUAAUUCCAUUUGAAUAAGCUGGCUGUAAGAUGUAUAAAGCAAAGACUCAAUGGAA